CCAGGAGAAUCUCCUUGGGCCAAGGAGAUUCUCCGAGAUUUUCCUUGAAGCUUGCCACAGGAGAAGCAAAAUCCAUUAUAAAAAGAGAAGAUUUGUAUCGAGAAUCAAGAACUAUAUACAAACUUAUGCAGCAUCAAAUUGAGUCCACACGGGUUCCAGUAUCAUGCGCUAGCACUGUACGAAUGAGAUUUCUCACUCCUCGCAACCCGUCAGUUUGAUUGUAUUGCAGGAACUACUUCUUUUUACUGCCUCUCUUCGUUGUCGGCAAGACAGGGACGUCUACUGUGCGAGAAGGUCAAUCUUGCUUCGGCUGGUGCAUUUCUGGGAGGUCUGUGGGAUGUAUGGGUGACCGCUCGACCACGUCCGAACAACAACAUGCUGGCGCGGGAGCUCUCCGACAAUCACAAUUAUCAUCGGAUGAUAAAUGGAGCAAGUGCUGCGGGACGGCCCUCUGCCGCAACGAGAAGCCGCAGCGAAGCAGAAGAGUGGCGGUCGGCCUUCGACAGCAUUAGCAGCCUAGCCGUUCGCGAUGGGUGUGUUCCCUUCGACGAACUUCGAAAGAUGAUGUUGAAGGCAGGUGGAAGAAUGUUGCCGCUGAAGGGCUCACUCGGGUCGAAUACUGUUGCUGGUUCUCCACGACGCAGGAGCGGCAGCUGCAGCAUACGCUGUAUAUACAUAUUUGAAUAGUGAACCCCGCAAGGAGCCACUUCAGCUUCGGCCUCCAAUUUGACUUGGAGAACAGAAAAAACUUUAGCAAAUACAAAUCGCUGCCUCAGGGAAUACUAGCAGCUUUUUUUUCUGGUUUUAAUCAUAUAUACGUAUGUAUGUAAGAUCAUGUUGAAAGGUCGCGAACGGGUCUACCUCCGGCCCGGUGACAAUAUUCGCUGGUCUCGCGGCAUGAACAGCAGCAGCACCAGGAACAUGCAAAGCUCGUUUGCUUGAUUUGCAAUCCAAAUUUCAUUGGAUCAUCGUGCAUUUUCGAGUAUCGAUACUCUGUAACAAGGCUGGACGGGCUACUAGACCAUCAUGCAGUAGCUUUAUUCGCAUUACAACACAGGUAUUCCGAAAGCAACAGUGCAACAGUAACAGAUGAGAUCAGACAUAGAAGUGUUAAUACCUGGGCAGCACGCAUCUGGUACAAAAGUAGCCGGCUUCUCUCGCGUUUUCUCAAGAGCGAGGUCGUUGUCUUGCAUUACAAGUAGCACUUGCAUAUAAUUUUUCUUGAAAAUAAAAAAUACAGAUAAGAACAGACCUGCGCCCCCUCCUGCAUCAAGAGCCGCCGCAUCUGCACCGGUAGAGGCGUUCCUGCGGAAAAACAAAAGCAAUGACCGCAAAGACAUCAUGAUGUCUGAUAGGGUCACGCAGGCGAUUCGGGGGGAGUUGCAGGAGCUGCAAGAAAUUUCGGCACAGUUUGGGCAAGCCUGUCGAGAUAUAAACAACAGGCUCUACAACCCGCAGCCGCGCUUACUACGCUACGCUCAGAAAAAGACACAACUCCUUCCAGGGCGCACCGUUCGACCGCGAUUUGCGGAAAAGCGCAAGUCGAAAAAUGCCACGAAGAGGAACGGCGGCACCGUUCCGAUGGCCGCGCCGCGUGCAGGUUGUUCACCAGCUAACGGAAUAUCGCAGGGCCGCUGGGUGCGGGGAACUGGAGGGUCACACGCCGCGGGCGCCAGAAGCAAAAGGGCCACCGCGGGCGGCUCGCCCUCGCGCCGUGAGGCACCCCAUGCAGCCGUUAAAACGGGGAAGAGUUGUGGCGGAGGGGGCGAGGGCGGCCACUCGAAGAUUAUUGCCCAAAAUCAACAUGAACUUCGUACAAUGAAUCUAAUUUCUGUGCCGGGUCCUGAUGAUUGUCGUAAUCGUGAAGAUACUUCUGCCACGAUGCCUCGUGCGCCAUCAAUUCACAAGCAGAUUGUGGAAUAUGACGAGAAGAUCGACCUGGUUAUUAAUGGGCAAGAGGGCAGAACAUCGUGCGACAUCGGCGUCCCUGGACCGAUAAUUCACAGCCGGCACACCGGGGCCGCUGACAUUCCAAGAGGAAACGAAGACGGCAGUCAUCAUCUUCAUGAUCCUGCAACCUCUAUUCACGUUCCACCUCAGCACUUAUUUCCUCUAAGCGCUGCAAGCACGACCGUAUCUGUCUUGCAAAACGAAGAGCAACACGGCGUGACCUUCACCCGACCCGUGCUCCAAAUAUUGCAGGAACUUUCAGAUGAAAUGCAUCUCCAAUCGUGGCAGCGAGAGUCAAAUAUAGUGCCUGCGAAGAGGACUCUCUCGGUCACUGCGACCAGUUGCGAGCAGGACUUGCACGAGGCGCGGGAGUACUGUAUCCGUCAGCUGCUCCUGGCGGGUGGGGGCGGAAGUGAAGAAAGUUACCAGGCAAGUUGCGAGCCGAAAAAUUCAGAAACAUCGUGUGGGAGCGGGUCUCUACAACACACAUGUCAUAUUGGUGAAACAGUGCCUAUUGCUAUCCGAACUGAAGCGCGGCGUCUUCAAACCAGGGAGGACGCCCGCGACUCAAUACCACCGCCAGGGGCGGCCUUUUCCGCUUCGUCAAUGCCAGCUGCAGGGAACUGCCUGCAGAGGGAAAUUCCCAAAAGCUAUCGAAUACGAACUGUCCUGAACAAGGCAAAGAAGAAUAUGAACGAGGAGGGACUUCUUGGAGGUGUAAUAUCUCCAGCAAUCCAUAUCCAACGCGCGCCUGCGUCAUCGUUCACUUUCAUGCCGCAAAGCCGAGCGGGCGAAACCGAAAGCGAAACAGUGCUCGCCUCCGCGCUGCAGUACCAAGACACGAAAGCGACAGAGUCAUCCAUUGGUUCUAAUAAAACGCGGCCUUCAGAAGCAGGCCAGGGUGAAGCCGCGCAAUCACAGGGCAAACAGAUCAUGAUCAAUCUGAUUUCUUCUUCUACUACUGGUGCACAGGCGAAGGCGUUGCAGGAGCGUCCUUCGAAGAUCGUUUAUCCGCCACGGAUUGCAAAAUUGGGCCAGCCGCGCGGCGGGAGUGCGGUGAUCAGGCAGAAGAUGAGACGCGAGCUCGUUGGCGUUGUUCAAGGAGCGAUGGGAAAUGAAUUCAGGGAAGGACGAAGACAACGAGCUCGUCACCGGCGUGCGAGGAGCGAUGAUCAUUUUGAACUUGAUAGCUUUUGCCUGAGGAAGAAAAAGGCAAAAGACGAGUGCAAUGGAGAAGCUCCUCAGUGGUCUUGUCAGCCAGCACCAACAACUGCGCUCGCUGUGAAGUCUUGUGGAUCCCGAUCCGCUCGCUCUCAUCGCGCGGGGAAAAUGGUGGGAGGCACAACCGCUUGCGGUCGAAAGCAAAACUACAAAAGCGAGCAGCGUUUCAAUAUUGCAAGCGACACUUCUGCGAGAGCGAGGAUGCCAGCACGCUACCGAGCGCCUUUCCAAGAAAACUGGUGCGCGAAGCCCCUGGCUUCUAGUGCUAGAAGCGGUGUUGACCGUGACGUGUGUGCUGCUGAAAGAACGGGUGAAGAUCUUCCACAAGGAACACUUGCCCCUGCUCCGUUCUCGUUGACAUCGUGCGAAGAAGAACGUACCCAGAACUACUACAACACAAAAGCAAAGACUAAGACUCACUCUCACAUUAGGAAAAACGACUACGGUCCCUGCGGAGCCAAGACCAGACACUUUAUAACUGUGGAUCAGGACUUUUUUGACGCAGAGACAGAGCUCGAGGUUCUACCUAGCACGGCAGAAGACGACGGUGGAUCUCCGCACCCAUUCCCCAGCACGAUUUCAAUCAAGGGCGCGAGCUCGACUUCCACUGCCUCCUCCGUGUGCAGUGAUCUCGAGCCAUCGCCGAUAGAUUACAGUCCCUGUCGUACCCAGAGCCAGCUUAUGGCCUUCGGAUCUGUUCCCUCUUCUGGUAUGCCGCACACUGGAGAUGGAAACGGUGCAACGGAAACGCAAGCAGCUCGUGGUUGCGGUGAUUCCGCCCGAGGACAUGCAAGUCAGAGUCUACUUGGCGGCAACGUCGUCGUGAAAAAUUCUGGCUUUUUUCCGCAGGCUAAGAACAAUAAUGAAACAUCCGAUGCGGGGGCAAUAGGGGCGAAAGAAGAAGCAGAUGACCUGUUCAACAGAAGGCGGGGCCGCACAGAGCAAACGAGGAAAAGCUGCAGUGUUGUGGUGAGCCAGAAGCAGCUCGCAGCCGCAGGAGCGACAGUCGGACUUUCGAGCUGCAGACGUGUGACACCGAAUCAAGGAGAGGAAGUCCAGGCGACGUUUCUGGCUAAGGGACAGUCCGAGGAAGCCCUCGUGUUGUAUGCAUUGCAAAAGCUCCUGCAUCGCGCAACUAGUAACUGUAAUGCCAAUAGUACUACAGCUUUUAUUGUUUUGCUUUUCAUCGCUCAAGAAGAAAACGAUAACAGAGCCUGUUACUCGUAUUUAGGUAUAGACGUAGACGACCGCUGGUUUGUGUUUGGCAGGUAGAUAAAGAUCGCAAUUUUUUGUACGACUGCGAAUUGACUACGAUGAUGCAGAUACUUUUGCACAGGAUGCAUUGGCGCGUGAUACCAUCUCUGGUCAUGUGCAGAAAGAGAAGCGUCAGCGAGGAAAGGCAAAGGUGGCGGGAAGCGCGAACCUGCUCGAGCGUCUGUUUGAGGAAAAAACACGAGACGAGCUUGAUCAUGAAGGUAAUGGAAUAUUACAAGUACCUGCAGGAAGAGGAACGCAGUCGCGUGGGUCUGCUGGGUUGCAAGCAAAGAUGAUGGCAAGGACAGCUGCGGAGAAUAUGGAGGACGAGGGAGUAGAUGAGCGGGUCCGGGUCGGGGUCUCGGAACUAAGUGAUACCGCCACGAACGGGCCGCCUCCUCACGGGGAAGAUCGGGAUGAGAAAAGAAACGGAGGCUACCCUAGAGGUGUUCAGCCUGCUGCCAUCGCCAAAGCGACGCAUUGCAGUCCUUUGACCACCACGGGACGCAGCGGCCGAAAUGCGCCCGGGUCGAUCGCUGGUUUUGAUGCCGAAAGACGGUUUGAUGUUGGGAAAGUACGGACUCCAGACGCAGGGACGGCGCAAAAGAGGAAAAAGGACGACCUAUUUCAAGAAGCAGACAUUGAUGAGGUCGUACUAGUAGAUGACUGCAAUCAUGAUCGUCGUGAUCCUGAGGCCAGCUGCACUGGUUCGUUUGUCGAAUCCUCGACAAGUUGUAAAAAAGAAAGAGCGGUCUCCCCGUACUCGUACACAGACACGCAAGUCGCAUCAAGCGGUCCUCGUCGUGGGUCAGGCCCGCAAACCCAUGAGCAGCCUUCGAGUUGUCCUCGGACCUCCAGCAAUAAAGCGCCACAGAUUUAUUUUGUUGCCGGAAAAAAUGCAACGAAACGCCUACAGCAUGCGCCUCCGCCCGCCGCGCAGGAGGAAAACAUGUCUACUGAUGUUGGUUUGCAGCAAGCCUGCCACUGCAGCACCGCGGUGGCUACAACUUCUGGCGUCACUAGUGUCGUGGUUCCGCGAAGGCUGCAGACCGCCUCGCACGAGGUGCGCGAUCUCCAUUUUGUGGAGCAGGAACUCGCACAGACUCUCCGUGACUACAGCACUGCUUGUUCUUCUGGCCGAAAGACGAGCAGGGAGCUUUUCGCGGUUCACUCCAGCCAAGACCAGGAGGACCUGGCUCGCCCGGAAGCAGCACUUUGCGAAGGCAUGCAUCACAUGAGCCUUCCAUCGCCGAUUCUUUCGUCAGGAUUGACGUCGAAGUUCAGCAGUCCGGACCUGCUGCUGUCUGGAAUCAUCGACACAAGCAGAAGAAACGACACCGCUCCACCAGCCUCUUCAUCCUGCUCAUCUGCUUCAUCCUUUCAGUGGACUCUUGAUUCUCACUCUCAGUCCCGCACUGCAGCACUGCGCAAGCAGGGGGGACGACGUGGCGAGUACCUGAACGAGCCGCUUUUGGCAGGUGCCACUGCCACUACAUGCCCGCGAGCCUGGCCCGCUCCUUUCGCUAGUGAAGAAUUUUCGUCAUUCACUGAUCGUGGUCCUCGCAACUGCUACUACCAGCACGGCCGCGAAGACGAUCGCUCGAAUGUUGUAAGCCGUGCUCUUGACGACCACGUUGCUGCCGCUGUCGAUCUGGAGCUCGAAAGUAGAAGGAAAACAAAUACAAAUACAAAUACAAAUACUGGCGGUAAAAAAAAGGACCACGUCACGGCACAGCAAAGCAAUCAACCUCUGACAAUGCUUCCCAGGAGUCGCGGCCAAGCGGACCAACGGCACAGAGCACCAUCACAUCAAGAAGUAGAUGGAGAGGGGGCGGUGGACGUCGUGGAUCUUCUUAGUGCUGACCAAUUACAUAUGUUGAAAUCGGAAUCGCCGCGGCCACGCACAGCCAGUUUCGAGGAAAUUGCGCGUGGACGCGUUUCGCAUGGCUCUCAAAAGUCGAGCUUGCGAGCCCGCUGUGCGCCGGCUGUCCUGCAGGAUCCGCGACCAGAAGGUGAGCAUCGAUCGAGUCGUCAUUUUUCAGCGGUACGGUCAAGGAUAGGCGCUCUCGCUCCGGAGGACGAGUCGCCGGAUCUUUGCAGCCCGAAGUUCUGCGGGACACCUACAGGAGCCAUUCCCACCGAGAACCGCGGAUCUCGAUCACGUUGUGCCCACAGCAACAUACCACCGCAGCAACUCCGCCCCGGACAGCGGCCGAAGCUGGACUCCUCGUCUCCCCUUCGAAAGAUUAGCACGGGGAUGAUCACUACGACAAAAAGAAAAAAUAUGAAUAAUCAUAAUGGAAACGAGAACGACACAGCAACUGCAAGUGCAAGCAAUACAAACCCCCCUCCAACAUCAUCAUCUUCAUCCACCGGUUUUGCUGGAGGGGCGACAACAAGUCAGAACUCCGGCAAAGCGGUCUGCCACGGGCCCACACGAGUCGCAAUCCGACAAGAGAAUUUUGACCAUAUGCAGGAGGAACAGGAUUCGCGAACGUUAGAGGAACUGUCAAGCAGACGCGAGCACAGGGCCGCCAGAAGAAAUAAGAAUAAACUGCAGGACGAGACUAGUACCACCACAACAAGGUCGAGGACCAGGCAAGACUUGCCAGAUAAAGUUACCGGGGAGCGCGACUCUGAACCCAAGCGGAAAACGAAUCGCAAUCGCGAUACAAAGGAAGAUUUCAAGAAGAAAUUGCCUCAGAGUGCACGCAGGCAAUACGAUUUUUUUCAAAGUCUGGAACGGCAGUGGCAAAGUAACAUCAAAACACAAGCAGAACAGGAGUUGUUGUGUGAAAGAACAAACUCAGAACUACUAUGCGAGCGCGCUAGAAGAGCAAGUCAAACAUAAGAACGACAAGAAUUUUUAUACGCCAAACAGCUUCAAGAGCCACCGCACCCACCUGCUGCACAUUAGGGACGACAAAUCCAUAAAAUUUUCUCGUCACCAAACAUCAGCAAAACAAAGCUAGAUGAGGCGCCGGCACAGAGCUGCUGCAUAACCGUACGCAAAUAGAUGGAUUCGAGCUCGGGGAGCAGUAGUUCAACUACAACGAAAAUUUCGGUAAAGUGCAAGG